GGCGGCGGCGCGGAGGAUGAAGUGGAGCGUGCGGGGAGCCUGCGCCGCGCUCUCCAGCUGCCUCCUGCUCGCCUGCGCCCUCAGCGCCGCCGCCGUGGGCCUCAAGUGCUUCUCGCUGGGCUCGGAGCUCAAGGGCGAGCCCUUCCGCCUGGGCACCGCCGCCGGCGCCUUCUACUCGGGGCUGCUGCUCGCCGCCGGCCUCUCGCUGCUCGCCGCCGCGCUGCUCUGCUGCCGCCCGCCCGACGAGGCGCCCGCGGCGGCGGCGGCGGCGGCGGCGGCGGCGGCGGGCGGCGGCGGCGGCGGGGAGGCGGCGGCGGCGGCGUCCGCGCCGUCGGGGCCGGGGGAGAAGGCGCCGCCCGGGGGGCGGCAGAACUUCCUGCUGCUGGGGGUGCUGGUGUUCAUGCUGGGCGUGCUGAGCGCCUUCGCCGGCGCCGUCAUCGACGGCGACACCGUGUCGCUGGUGGAGAGGAAGUACUCGCACUACUGCCUGCUGCAGCCCGGCGGCGCGGCCCGCCCGCGGAGCGGCCCCGCCGGCCCCGACGGCUCCGUGGCGGCGCUGCGCUGCCAGAAGCUGCGCGACUACCAGCGCGGCCUGGUGCUCUCCACCGUCUUCAACGCGCUCGAGUGCCUCCUGGGGCUGCUCAACCUGCUGCUCGUCAAGAACUACAAGGCCUCGCAGCAGCGCGGGCGGCGGCGGCGGCGGCGGCGGGGGGCGGCCCCGGCGGCGGCCCCGGCGGGCGGGCGGCGGCGGCGGCGGCGCGGAGGCCCCGGCGGGCGUCGGGCGCCGCGGCACAGCCAGGGCUCGCUCUUCUCCGGCGGCGAGCCCGAGCUGGCCCCGGGCGACUGCCCCUUCCAGGCCGUCUCCUACAUCAACGUGGGCGUCUUCCACGUCUUCGACGAGGCCGGCGUGGAGGUGCACUGCGGCGGCCACCCCUCCGUCGAGCUGCCCGGCUACUCGCCCAUGGACCCCGAGCUCGACGCCUCCUACCCGUACUGCUACCCGCUGCCCAGCGAGCAGCCGCCCGCCUACGAGGAGAUCUACCCGGCGGAGCCCUGCGCCCGCGGCACCUAGCGACCCCACGGGACGGGACCCGACGGGACGGGACCCGACGGGACGGGACCCGACGGGACGGGACGCGCCGCCAUGGGACGCGCCGCGGGGCCCGGACAGCGGCCCGGAGCCGCCGCCGCCGCCGCCGCCGCCGCCGCCCCGCCGGGCCGCCCCGUCCGGCGGCGGCCGCCUGCGCCGGAGGCCGUGCAGCCAGCGCCCGAGGGCCGGUCCCGCCGCCGCCUCCCUCCGUAGCCGAGUGUAGUUCCCCUCCAGCGAUUCAUCCGUCUCCAGCUUUAGCAGUCCAGAGUUACCCCAUUUAUGAUAACCAGCCAGUGUAAGGAGAAAAAAAAAAAAAAAAAAAAAAGAGAAAAAAAAGAAAAAAAAGUGUAAUGAAGCUUCGUUACCUCUCAAAAGAGCUUAAUUUCUAUACAACGCAGAGACAUUCGUGUCACGUUUACUAGAAGUGUUUUGGGGAUCCUUAAACGUUUACACUACUCUUUGGAGAAUUGAGUUCUGUUUUAAGAUUUAGUGAGUUAAAACCUUCGUUGGUCUUGUAAGAUGCACAUUGAGAAAAACCUGCACUUUGAAAAAGAAACAGGAAAAAUCAACAACGUUUUUGUACACUAACGUGCCUGCUUUUGUUGAUAACUUCUUACUGUAAAAGCUUUCAGAAGUCUAUAGUGAAAAUGUUUGGUAAAUUCACUGCAAUUUAGAAUUGAUGAUUAGUUCCUUUACUGAAACAACUGAGAUGUUACUAGGAUAUGGCAGUUAAAAGGAAGUCCAAAUGUCAUACACAUUCCUUUUUGUAAACAGGUUCUGUGUUUUCAGUGCGAGGCAGGAUUUCUUUUUGUUUUACACAGGUGAAGGGUUUAAUCCUAUUUUGUACAACUACAUGGUUUACCUUGUAAAGAAUUCCAUUUUACCUGUUACAAUUCAUCGAUCUGGUAAGCUUGAAUAUUAAAGUUUUAUUUGAAAUAUA